UCCCCACGUGACGUCAAACAGGAAGGGCGGAGCAGCUCUAUAUCCCGGCGUGCCCCAAGCUCCUCCUUCCUUUUUUUUUUUUCAAUCUUCAAAAUGUCGAAGCGAGGACGCGGCGGUUCCUCCGGUGCCAAGUUCCGUAUCUCCCUCGGUCUCCCGGUGGGAGCCGUGAUCAACUGUGCGGACAACACAGGUGCCAAGAACCUGUACAUCAUCUCCGUCAAGGGGAUCAAGGGACGUCUGAACAGGCUGCCGGCGGCUGGCGUGGGCGAUAUGGUGAUGGCCACUGUCAAGAAGGGCAAGCCAGAGCUGAGGAAGAAGGUCCACCCAGCAGUGGUCAUUCGGCAGCGGAAAUCGUACAGGAGAAAAGAUGGGGUGUUCCUCUAUUUUGAAGACAAUGCGGGAGUGAUAGUAAAUAACAAAGGUGAAAUGAAAGGCUCUGCAAUCACAGGCCCUGUGGCUAAGGAGUGUGCGGAUCUGUGGCCCAGGAUAGCCUCCAAUGCGGGAAGCAUUGCAUAAAUAUGUUCAUCUUCACAGAGAUAAAAUAAAAGUCCUUGUA